AUGGAAGAGGAGCCAUCCCAAUUUGACCCUUCAAUAAGAUUGGGCGCCGGCCCACGAAGCCAAAACAACAAUUCGCUUUCUCAAAACCAACAUUGGCUCUUUUUUGACGAAGGAUCAACGGCCUGCAAACAGCCCGGAUCUCAAUCCGUUGGACUUUUCGAUGCAAAUGAUCUCCGCGGCACCGUCGAUUCUGUAAAGAAGCGAAUUGAAGCCUGUAUCAAAGCGGAUGGAGGCCACUUCGAAAAUUUCUUG